UUCCUAUUAUCCGUAUAGAUGGCAUAGAGUGUUAGGCAGUCGACGUGUGCAUUGUAAGGUUCAUUUUUGUAUUAUACGUGAAGUUCAGAGACUUCUUAUGGAUUUAUCUUCGUAUAAAGAGUAGUGAUUGUGGUCGAAAAAUCGAGAUGAAGAUCAAAAAGUUUAAACCUUCAGUCACGUCAAAUUGUCCGAAAAUGGAAGUGGAUUUAGAAGAAGCAAUGGACAUUGCAGGUGCUGGUAAAUACCAGAUAUUCCACUGCGCGCUGAUGCUGUCAACACUGACGGCGGCGCUGCUCGAGAUGAUCGGGUAUGCCUUCAUCCUGCCAGCAGCCGCUUGCGAGCUGCACCUGCCUGAACAUCUGCGAGGACUCAUCACUUCCAUCCCUAACAUAGGUAUAAUACUGACAGCGCCCCUGUGGGGUGGGGUGGCGGACCAUUUCGGCCGCAAGCCGACGCUGUUGUUCUGCUCAGCCGCUUGUGGCGUCGUCAGUUUCGUCGCCGCCUUUAUGCCCAACCUGCUCAGCUUCGCGCUAUGCAAAUUGGCUGGGGCACUUUUCAUGUCCUGCCCGACGUCUCUCUCAUUCGCCUACGCCGGUGAGAUGGCGCCGCGAAGACGACGCGAUCUCGCCGUACUGGUCUGCAAUGGAUUCUUGACUCUAUCAACCACGUUUAGUCCUCUGUUAGCCUGGGCGGUGCUAUCAGGACAAUGGCAGUUUUACAUCGGUUCUCUAUCAGUCAGACCCUGGCGGCUCCUGACAGCCGUGUACGCCCUGCCGCUCAUCCUGUCUGCAAUCUGGAUGACCCAGGCUAUGGAGAGCCCUAAGUUCCUGACUGUUAAGGGCAGGAGAGACGAAGCUUUGGAAGUCCUGAAGCAUAUUUACUCGGUCAAUACUGGUCUGCCGAAAGAAAAGUAUUAUGUGCUAUCUUUGAAAAAGUCAUCGGAAGAGCCGAGAGGUAUAGCAGACUGCUCAGACGCAGAGCAGAGUAGUGAACGCAAGAAUGAGUCUGCGUGUGCGCUGCUCAGGCCGCCGCACCUCAAGUGGUUUGCCCUGACGUCCUUCCUCAUGUUUGGAUUGUAUACUUCAUUGAACGGGCUAUUCCUAUUCGCAACGGACACGAUCAACAAGGUGCUGGGGGACACGACGGAACAGAGUGGUACUUUGUGUGUCAUCAUGAACCAGCCUGUUAAUCAGACAAACACAGGCUCCUGCGUGGAUACGAUAUCUCAAGAAACGUUCAUAAUAAUGGCAGCAACGACCGCGAUAUACGGUGCUCUGGUCUUGGCGGCGAGUGUGGCUCCCCUCAGCAAGAAGACGUUACUGCUAGGGAUGUACCUAGCGGCUGGUGUCGCGUCACUGCUGGCUGGUCUUCUCACCAACAUGGUGGUGGCAGGGAUCGCGAUGUCCGCGCUACAGAUCACUGCCCUGGGCAUCGGCCCACUCACUGCGUACACUGUCGAACUGUUUCCUACUAGUCUAAGGGGAACAGCAGUGGGCGCUGUGCUGAUGUUCGGUCGCGUGGGGUCAGUGACCGGCGCCACCAUCGCAGGCUACCUACUCGCUGCGGCCUGCACCGCCACCUUCUACGGCUUCGGCGGGCUGCAGUUUGUGUGCGCGGCUCUCAGUUUCCUGCUGCCGAAACAAAAAGUAGCCACUCCCAGGGAGGACCAUCUGGUUCCAGACAAUGAUAAUAGAUAAUGAUAAUAUAAUUAUUUCGGCGUACGCGAGUCUAUGAUGAUAAAGAUAAACAAUUGAAAGCUGUCCAAGGAGAGCGUAUUAAGAACGUCAGCGGAGACAACUAUGACAAUAAAUUACACUCACUUAUUUAUUAUAAUAA